GACUGUGCCCCGAGAGGCUCUCGCUACGAUGGCCAGAUUGCCGUCUUCGGGGCCAAUUUCCAGGAGAAGCUGGGCCAGCAGAAGUACCUGGUGGUGGGAGCUGGUGCCAUCGGCUGCGAGCUGCUGAAAAACUUUGCCAUGAUGGGGCUGGCAGCGGGGCCGGACGGGGAACUCAUCGUCACUGACAUGGACACUGUUGCCCUCUCCAACCUCCAUCGGCAGUUUCUCUAUCGCUCAGCAGAUAUAUCAGAGCCAAAGUCGGUGGUGGCAGCAGCAGCCGUGCAGCGCAUGAACCCUGAUGUCAGAGUGACAGCUCACCAGAACCAGGUGGGACCUGCCACUGAGAUGCUCUACAGGGACAACUUCUUCCAGCACCUGGAUGGCGUUGCCAGCGCCCUGGACACGAUAGAGGCCCGCACCUAUUUGGAGAGUCGCUGUCUCCGCUGCCGCACACCACUGCUGGACUCGGGCACGGAGGGGACACAGGGGAACGUGGUGGCCAUGGUGCCAUCCCUGACCAAGCCUCUGGAGCCAGCCACUCCCAGGGAUGGCACCUUCCCCCGCACCAUCCAGCACACGCUGCAGUGGGCCCGUGAUGAGUUUGAGGGGCUUUUCCAGCUACCUGCAGAACAAGUCAACCAGUUCAUGGAGGACCCAGCUUUCCUGGAGCAGCAGCCACCAGGGAAGGUGCUGGAGCAGGUGUGGGACAGCCUGCGGGAGCGGCCGCGGGACUGGCAGGACUGUGUGCGCUGGGCACGCCGGCGCUGGCAGAGCUGCUACCACGAUGCCAUCACCCAGCUGCUGCACAUCUACCCCCCAGAGCAUGAAACCAGCCCGGGUGUCCCCUUCUGGGCAGGGGAAAGGAGCUGUCCUCAUCCACUGACAUUCAACCCUGACAAUGACACCCACCUGGACUAUGUCUUGGCCGCUGCCCACCUCUUUGCCCAAGUACACAGAGUGCCACCAUGCAGGGACCGGGCAGCCAUCCAGGCCAUCCUCCGUGGUGUGGUCCUGCCACCCUUUGUACCCCAGGAGGGGCUCCAGAUCCCCCUCACAGAGGAACCCACAGAGGAGGCACAAGUUCCCACAGAUCACAAGCAGCUGACAGAGCUUACCCAGGACCUGGUACAGUGGAGACAGGAGCUGUUGGGGGAUGAGAAGGCACAAGCACCCUUAAUGGAGCCCAUCCACUUUGAGAAGGACAACGAUGUCCACAUAGAUUUUAUCACAGCAGCAUCCAACCUGCGUGCAGAGAACUAUGGCAUCUCUCCUGCCACCUGGAUGAUGAGCAAGCGAAUUGCUGGACGGAUCGUGCCUGCUAUCAUCACCACCACAGCAGCUGUGGCCGGGCUGGCGUGCUUGGAGAUUUACAAGCUGGUCUGGGGGUGCCAGGACCUCAGCUGCUACCGUAACAGCAACAUCAACCUGUCUACCUGCCUGCUGCUCCGUGUCCAGCCCCCACCAGCCCCCACCUACCGGGUAGGACCCUCUUCCCUGGGAAAGUACAGCUGGGGGACACCCAGGGGCCAGUGGCAUCUGCUGCAGGACAAUGUCAGGGGGACCCAGGGAAAGGAGGUGGCCGUGCAGCAAGGGCAGCCCUGGCCAUAGCACUCCAGAAAUGGAUCCAGGUGCUAGAGUUGGUUGGGAAUGCUUCCAGGCAGUGAAGAACCAGCUCCUGCCCCUGGCUGCCCCCCAACACUGAGACAUUGCCACUGUCCCAUUCGCCCAGCUUCAGGCCCAGCCGUGAUGCUCUGGGGUGCCCAUGGGGAUGAGGCAGCCCCGCUGCCCCAUGGCAGGCCCCACGCGGAGCCCCACAGCCAGGGCUGGGAGGCCGCUGCAGCCGCACUCAUCUGGCUUAUGGAAACCAGCUG